AAAGAAUUAAAAUCAGUCUCAGAAGCUUCUCAGUUCUAUCAAACUUGCAAAAAUGGUUUUCUGAGACUCUGACGUUAAGACCAUCGUUUCCCUUUCCCAUCUCUCAAUCUCCAUCAUCACGUCCUUCCAUCUGCUCAUUUCCUUGAUUUCUACCCGAAAAAUUCUAUCUAACAGAAGAGGAAUACCCAAUUCAAGUAAGAAGAGGAAGAAAACCCCAUUUUUUAUCCCCAAUAUUUCACAGAUCCUUCUAGAUCUAAGCUAGAGAUAAAUCUAAACACUAAAAAACAGUGGAGGGUUAAUCUUACAUUAUAUUUAAUUGGUUGGGUUUUGGGUGUUUUGAUCGAAAUUAUUCAAGAUGAAUAUCUUCAGAUUAGCUGGUGAUAUGACCCAUUUGGCCAGUGUUCUUGUUUUGCUUCUCAAGAUCCAUACCAUCAAAUCAUGUGCUGGUGUUUCGUUGAAGACUCAGGAACUUUAUGCAAUUGUUUUUGUGACGCGCUACUUGGAUAUCUUUACGGACUUCAUAUCACUGUAUAACACUGUCAUGAAGCUUAUAUUUCUCAGCAGCUCCUUUUCAAUUGUCUGGUACAUGAGAAGUCAUAAGAUUGUCAGGCGGUCGUAUGACAAGGACCAAGAUACCUUCCGACACUGGUUCUUGAUAUUGCCUUGCUUACUCUUGGCUUGCCUUAUCAAUGAGAAAUUCAGCUUUAAUGAGGUCAUGUGGACUUUCUCCUUGUACCUGGAAGCAGUUGCCAUACUUCCCCAAUUGGUAUUGUUGCAGAGAACUAGAAACAUUGACAACCUGACUGGACAAUAUGUGUUUCUUCUAGGGGCAUACCGUUCAUUGUACAUCGUCAAUUGGAUUUACCGCUACUUCACUGAGCCUCACUAUGUCCACUGGAUACCAUGGCUAGCUGGGAUUAUUCAGACAUUGUUGUACGCUGACUUCUUUUACUAUUACUUCGAGAGCUGGAAAAACAAUAGAAAGCUCCAGUUACCAGCUUAAGCAUUUCGAAAAAGUUUCUUGGGUUGUUAUUCUCUUGGUUUCUUGAAAAAUGUAUUGCUGACAAUCUAUGCAACGCAAUGCCCGAACUUGUGUGAUUUUCAUGAAUAUGGUUAUCCGAUUAUGUUUAGCCUAGCUCUUUUUGUUAGCAAAUCUGGUUAUCACCAUGUAUUUUUGGGUAUUUGCAACUCAGUACGGAACUACUUAGUAUAAUAGUAUACACUCAGAAUUUUAGAUUAUUUCCUGUCAAUUAAAGGCAUUAUUUAUUUCCUUAAAUAGUGAAACCGAACCUUAUAGAUUA